CCCGCCAUUCUCGCAGCAUUCUGGUACCGCAUAGUUGAGAGGAAUAUUGUUCGGUCGGUUUCUUCUGGACUAGAAAACACGGGUGGCCCAGAAAUUAUACCCUCCCCACCUCCCAUGUUGAAUUGCCUUAGUGCCCUAGCUUGUCUGCAGACAUAACACCGGGUGUCACCCGUCUUGCCUACCAUGGGCAUCUUUCCUCCUUUUCCGGCUGUCACUGGCCUUGUUGCUGUCUUAGCAACAACAACUACAGUGGUUUUGGAAGUAGUUAUCACGUGUGGAAUCUGGCCAACUACAUCACCAGCACGGGGAAUAGCAUUGUUCUCAUUCAUUGUCGAAACAAUUGUGCUGGGCCUCCUCGUGGUCAAAAUUAUUAAGUAUCUACGUGGACCGAAUAAUUAUCGCCCCAAAGACUUGUGGGGUGUAUGGUUUGCUCUGGAUCUCAUCGCCAGCCUGUUGGCCUCGGUUGUAUCGGUCACAAUGUUAAUCCUAGUCGCCAAAGCACGAAACCUGCCAAAAACCAUUUCGAACGUUCCGUUGGCAAACGUGGUAACGGGAUCUUCCGUCGCCCUUGGUUUCUCAUUUAUUAGCCAACUCUUAUUUAUUGUUGUUUAUUUCUUAAUCAGCCGUCUGCCCGACUCCGAACAAGCUCUUUCUCUUCACACCAACGAAGAAGGUCGAGGAUCGCCACAACUUCCGAUGCGCGUCAAAACUAUCCCCUAUGAACGAACCAAGCCGGCCACUUCACAAACUAGGCUUAAUGAACGAGGCUUGUUGGAUUACCCAAGUCGCCCUGGGACUAGUAGUGGGCGCUCUGCGCGCUCAGCUGCCGAAACCAUUACGUCGUUUUCUGGGUCUUUGUCCGGUGUUGUACGUCCGAUCGGAUCGAGAACUAGACUGCUCUCAAAUGGUUCAAGAACUGGACGGCGACCGGAUUCUCUGGACUCAGUUGCCUAUCGAGAUAGGGUCAGUCUCGUAGAAGAUGGUUUUGACUCUUGGGAUACAUCUUCCGUCGAUCCCCAUAAUAGACAAAUGGUUCUAGAGACCUCGUCGCCUAUUCGCACCCGGUUCUUGGAGACGAUUCCCGCCAGCCCCACGACUAGCCGCAGCCCGAGUCCCGGCUGUCCCUUGGACCUUGUACCUCCGAAGCGUGGCAGAAGAGGUCGAAGCUAUAGCCCUGUACCCAGACCGGGACCGCAGCGGGAAAGGAGUGUGACAUCAUCGGAAUCUCAGCUUCAUAUCCAUCCCCUCUUUCGUUCAGACUCUCCCGGGCCUCCACCAGCGGUUACACCGGGAACUGUGGUUGUUGCAGCCCCUAAUGCCGGCCAAUUCAUAACGGGGAAGUCGGUGAACCGAAUGCGAAGUGGCAGUCUGCCGAACCCUGUAAGCCCUCUCAGCCGAAACGGGAGCCACGAAAGUUUCCGGAAGACAGCCGGCAUCAACGGUGAUCGUUUGCAACCAGAGGAAGUUGAUGGCGAGGAACGGAAGAUGACGCCUCCUAUUCCGGAUUGGGUUCUCAAUGCCGGGUCCAAGUCCAGCCUCUCGGAGUACCAGAUCAAAAGACAAAACAGCUAAGUGAUGAAGGUCUCUGACAAUCGGACAAGGGGGCUUGGCAUCCGGGUGAGUGCCGAGUUGGGAUAUGAGGUGAUGAUGGCGUUGCAUGAUAUAUAAUGAGGCAUGACUUGAUGGGGUCUCAGAGAGAUCGACAGUCAACUUGGCAUAGACAAAUCCACAGAUAUAUGUUCGCUCAGGCGAUAUAUAUGAGGUAUUUUUUUCAAGGCGUUUGGGGGAUACCACUGUCAUUAUAGCGAGGCGUUGAGUUUCUGUGGCCU